UGAUAUCCCAUUUCUGCAAACACUUGAUUCAAAGUAUUUGAUUACGAGAAUGUUUUUUGGAGUUUUCCGCUUCACUCCACUUUGACGGCCGCAAAUUUUGGAAUUAGGUUAGAGGGGGAGCGCAUACUCAGAAGAUUGUGUUCUUAUCUACUGUAAUUGGAUUCGCUAUCACUAAAAUUCAACUCGUUGCCGUCCGAUUUUUUCUCACAGAGCCUCAAGAAUUCGCGAUUAGUUUCAAGAAUGGCUGGAGUUCCAAGAUUAGUUGAUUUAUGCAUGGCCGCCAUUGCGGAUGAACUUCUUGAAGGGGAUGAUAUUAGUGAUAUGCUUUCGCUUAUCUAUGAACUUCCAUCAGAAUUGUUCGAUAGUUUGUUGCCGCACUUGCCUCCAUUGGCACUGGAGAAGUUGCACGAAAACUUGCCAUUUAACUUCAGAGAUAACUUUGAACAUGCUUAUUAUCACCACGGAGAUUGUCGAAAACGAAGAAGGUUGGGAAGAAAGAUAUGGGAUUUUAGAUUCAGCAUGGGAGGCACUGUACAAAGUCCGAUGGCCUUGUUUUAGUGAGGCAAAGCAGUGUGUGGGUUGGUUGGAUAAAUAUGACGAAGCAAAGUAUCAAUCAGUUGAUGAUUGGCAACAGAUGUACUGGGAGGCACAUUUGCAAGAUUGUGUGGAUGCUGUAGCAGAAACAGCGUUGCUCCCAUCUUAUGAUGGUUCUAUUGGGGAAAUACAAAUUCCGGAUGCUAUACUGGAACAUAUUGGUUGCAAGGGUCACCUGAUUAAGUUGACUCCUGACUAUCUGAAAUUCUCUAACCACUGCCAGCAAUUUGGAGUUUAUGCCAGACAGCUAAGACUUCCAAAUGCACUCUGUGUUGCAGAAACUUGUGACUUGCUAGAAAACAGUAAGCUGGGAAGCCUGGAACUUCAGUGGAUAAAAUCCAAUGACCAUGUUGAGGGACUAUGUAAGCUUCUGAACCAGAAUAGUGAGACUCUUAAAUCAGUUGACUUUAUCCAUUGCAAGCUUUCUCCAACUUUCAUCAGUGCAAUUUGUGAUUCACUGCAUGUUAAGGGUCUUCGAGCACAUGGAGUUCAACAUUUCUCAAUCAAGAGAUCAAGCUUCCUCCAAACUGAUUCAUCUCCUGUUCCUGUUGGAUUGACUUCUUUCUUAACCUCGGGGAGUUCCUUGCAUUCGGUGACGUUAUGUGAUGACCAACUAGGAAGAAAUUUUGCAAGGGUGAUCAUCAAUUCCCUCCUUGAUUCUGCGGCUAGUAUAUCCACGCUAGACCUCUCGGAGAAUAAUAUUACAGGUUUCCUUUCUCACUUCCGCUGGAGAUCAUCAAGUUGCUCACUUGGAAUCGGCAAGUCGUUGAAAUCAUUACAAGUGCUCAAUUUAAGGUCUUGCAACUUAGUAAGAGAAGAUGCAGACUGUCUCAAGCAGGCUCUGGUUCACAUGCCUAAUUUGCAGAAUCUUGAUUUAAGUGACAAUUCAAUUGAGGAUGGGGUCAGGAGUCUGAUAUCCUAUUUCCGUGAGAUCUCUAGCAGAGACUUACCAUUUUCUGAUUUAAUGCUUGAGAAUUGUGAGCUUACUUGCAACCAAGUCAUUGAACUUCUAGGAGUUCUUUCAACAAUGAAGAAACCAGUGAAUCUGCUUUCAAUUAAAGGCAAUAGGCUGGGCAGUGAAAUCGGAGCACCAUUUGGGAAAUUUUUGUGCACUGGUGUUCGUGCUGUUGAUGUUGAAGAUAUUGGACUUGGUUCUUCUGGUUUUCUGGAGGCACUAAGGGAAAUAUCAACGGAAUUGAAGAUUGCUUAUAUAAAUAUAAGCAAUAACCAAGGUGGGAUUGAAGCUGCAAAAUUUAUGUCGAGCAUUAUUUCACACUCGCAGAAGAUUGUUGCAAUUGAUGCAAGAUAUAACUUGAUGCCUAUGGAAUCUUUGUCAGUAAUAUCCUCUGGCAUGAAAGCAUCAAAAGGAAAACUGGAGCAUCUGGACUUGGCUGGAAACAGUUUCUGUGAUCACCUUGCUGAUGCAGCAUCCGUUUUGGCUGAGCUUCAAAUCCACGGGCAAUCUGCCCUCAGUCUUUCAUUAUGGGCUGCUCCAAGUGCACCGUAUGACGAUGAUCCUUAGCUUCUUCGUGGUACCUUUCUCAACUGAACUAAGGUUGAUGCCCAUAUUUUAUAUCCAUGAAAGUUGCUUGAGUAAAGCAGAUUAGAAGAAACUGCCACCCUAGUGACCGAACAAAACUUACAUAUGAAAUGGUUGAUGAUUACAUUUGUAUGAUUUUAUUAUGUGUAUUUAUUUCUGAAUGUAGACCUAUUCAUCCGUCUAAAUGGUGGCCGAGUUCACAGCCUAUAAGAUUCUUGACCGUGCGAGAAUGUUAACAGAAUUCUCUUUCUACAACAAAGGAUUUCUUAUUUAUAAUUUGCAAACUGUUCA